AUGGAUUCGACCAGGACAACGAUAGAUCACAAUGCAGCCCUAGCCGAGAUGCGGCGACAAAUACAGGAAGAGAUGCAGACAGAAAUGCAGCGACAACUAGCUGAGAUAAGACGUAAAAACGAAGAGGAAGUCAACGCCUUGAGGGCGGAAAACCAAAGAAUCAGGAGACAGACCGAACGCACGGAGAGAAGGAGAGAAAUGCCACAAGAAGAAGAAGUACAAGAAGAGACGUCAGACCAGGAGGAAUCCCGCGCUCAAACUAAUCCCAAUCAUACCGGUGCACUAGCAAGAACACCUAGGCGUCACCCCUUUGUGGACGGAAUCAUGACGGCUGACCUCCCUGCACGUUGGAAGGGGCUUACUAUGAAUCAGUAUGAUGGCACCACAGAUCCGGAAGAGCAUAUAGACAUCUUUACCACUCAGGUGGGACUGUAUACAACCGAAGACGCCAUCCUCUGUCGCGUUUUCCCAACAUCGCUAAAGGGUCCGGCGCUCCGUUGGUUUACCCGGCUUCCCCCCAACUCCGUGGACUGUUUUGAUACACUGACGACGCGUUUUAGCAUUCAAUUUGCUACUAGCAAACCCCAUCAUCUCACCUCUUUGGCACUGGUGAAUGUGCGGCAAGAAAAAGAUGAGACAUUACGCAAUUUCAUGGAGCGAUUCGGGAAACUAUCCCUAAACAUCAGUAAUUUGAAUCCAGAGGUAGCCAUGCAUCAUUUGAUUACAGCCCUGCGACCAGGCCUAUUUGUGGACAGCCUGUGCAAAAAACCUAUGGCCAAUCUGGACGAGCUCCGAACGCGAGCUACGAAGUUUAUGCAAAUGGAAGAGCUGAAGGAGUUUCGCAACACCACCCGCAGGGAAACCCUUGACAGAAAGCAACCCGAGAGAGACAGAGCAACAACCUCAAGACCAGGCUCUAGGUUCCGAGAGCAAAGACAACCAAAGUAUCAUAGAUACACCCCGCUGAUAUCCAACAGGGCACAGAUUCUGGAGGAAGCCCUAAAUGCCGACCUUAUAUCUCCCCCUAGAAAGGUCCCAACUCCCCCUCAUGCUGACACCACGAAGCACUGCCGUUAUCACCGAAAUUACGGCCAUACUACAGAAGAGUGUUUCACACUAAAGGACAAAAUCGAGGAGUUAAUACAAGUUGGGCAUCUCAAAAGGUUUGUAAAACGCGAAGAGGGGGGAUUUGCAUCCAGAAAGGAGGACCGAGAUGGAGGAAACGAGAGGAAAGAGUACAGAGCGCCAGCGUAUGGGGGGCGACGCGAAGAUAACCUUAGACGAAAGAUCGAUCAUAAGAAGGAUGAGCAACGGGAACCACAGGAAAAGCCAUUACGAGGAGUUAUUAACUACAUUGCGGGAGGUUUCGCUGGUGGGGGCUCCACUGCAUCUGCCAAAAAGAAGUAUGUCCGUGCAGUUCAGAGCGUGAAUGCAGUUUCUAUAUAUCCGCGUAGGCGUAUGCCGCCUAUUACCUUUAGGGACGACGAUUUUCAGGCUGUUGACCCUCAACAUGAUGAUCCGAUGGUCAUAUCGGUGGAAAUUGAAGACUUCGCUGUCAGAAAAACCCUUGUGGAUCAAGGAAGUUCGGUAGACAUCCUCUAUUGGAGAACUUUCAAAAAAUUGAAAAUUUCAGAAGAAGACAUUCAACAUUAUUUAGAACCCAUAGUUGGCUUUUCAGGUGAGAGGGUGGACACGAAAGGCUAUAUCGACCUCUUCACUAAAUUUGGAGGAGGAAAGGUGACGAGGACGGUAAAGAUCAGGUACCUCAUCGUCGAUGCGCACACAUCAUAUAACAUAUUAUUAGGAAGGCCCUCUCUUAAUACGUUGGGCGCAGUCGUUUCCACAUAUCAUUUGGCAAUGAAGUUUCCUUCCGCAUCUGGAGAUAUCAUCACCAUACACGUGGACCAACCUACUGCUCGUAAGUGUUAUGCGGAUAGCUUGAGAGGACGACCUAGGUCACCACCAAAACGCGCAGUACACAAUAUUGAGAGAACAUCGAGGAUUGAGGGCGCAGACUUAGAUCCUCGCUUCAAUGAUGACACACGGGUCGAACCGGUUGAGGCCACAGAGAGACAUGACUUCGGGGAUGGGGUCAGGUACACCUACACUGGUAAGGCGUAUGCAGAUGUCGAGGAGCUGAAGCAGACGUUGAACGAGCACGCCGAUUUGUUUGCAUGGAGCGCAGCCGACAUGCCUGGAAUCGACCCUCGAAUUGCUUGCCACAAACUGUCUGUUUAUACAGAAGCAAAAUCGGUCGCUCAAAAGAGGCAAAAAAUGGGGGAAGAAAAGAGAGAAGCAACCAAGAUUGAGGUACAGAAACUGCUCUCCGCGGGCUUUAUCACAGAGGCUAAGUAUACCACUUGGUUGGCCAACGUGGUAUUGGUCAAAAAGCCCAAUGGCAAGUGGCGGAUGUGCACGGACUACACAGACCUUAAUAAGGCCUGCCCCAAAGACACUUAUCCUUUACCCAGCAUCGACCGGCUUGUCGAUGGAGCAGCUGGCCAUAGGGUACUUAGUUUCUUGGAUGCCUAUUCGGGUUACAACCAGAUACCUAUGUACGCAGGUGACAAGGAGAAAACAGCUUUCAUCACAGAGGAAGCCAAUUUCUACUAUGAGGUAAUGCCCUUUGGUUUGAAAAACGCAGGAGCGACGUAUCAGAGAUUGAUGGAUCGGGUUUUUCAUCAUCUGAUUGGAAAAUGCAUGGAGGUUUACGUAGAUGACAUGGUGGUGAUGUCCGAUUCGUUAGAACAGCACAUAAUAGACCUCAGGGAGGUGCUACAUGCAGUACGCCGAUAUGACAUGCGUUUAAAUCCAGAGAAGUGCGUGUUCGGAGUCACAGGAGGGAAAUUCUUAGGGUUCAUGUUAACACACCGAGGAAUUGAGGCUAACCCAGACAAGUGCCAAGCGGUACUAAGUAUGCGUAGUCCUGCAAACAUCAAGGAGACACAGAGGUUAGUCGGACGUUUAGCAGCACUGUCGAGAUUCAUGCCAACAUUAGCCGAGAAAACACAGCCCAUGCUUAAACUGAUGAAGAAGGCUUGUAAGUUCGCGUGGGAUGAAGCCUGUGAGCACGCGUUUGUUAAACUGAAAGAAUAUCUGUCCUCACCCCCGAUAUUGCACAAACCCGCAAAAGGUAAACCACUUUUAAUAUAUCUAGCUAUUUCUAAUAACGCCGUAAGCACUGCUAUAGUCCAGGAACACGAUGGACAGCAACAACCUGUUUACUUCAUCAGCAGAGUUCUGCACGAUGCUGAGCUGCGCUACCAGACGGUGGAGAAGGUGGCAUUGGCAUUGGUAGUCACAACCAGAAGAUUACGGCCGUACUUUCAGAGCUAUGAGGCCAUAGUGCGAACCGACUACCCAAUACACAAAAUGCUGAGGAGACCCGAUCUGGCGGGCCGAAUGGUGGGAUGGUCAGUUGAGUUGUCCGAAUUUCACACUCGCUGUGAAGCGAGAGGAGCAAUCAAAGCCCAAUGUCUGGCUGACUUUGUUAACGAGCUAGCUGGACAGACAGAGCCGAACGAUAACACAUGGACACUUUUUGUGGACGGCUCCUCUAAUACCAAAGGUGGAGGGGCUGGCAUAGUUUUGCAAGGACCAAACAAUCUUCUUCUUGAGCAAUCCUUGCGGUUCGGAUUCAAGCCCUCAAACAAUCAAGCGGAGUAUGAAGCAUUGAUUGCUGGACUGCAUUUGGCAGUAGAUAUGGGCGUCGAGAAUCUCACGUGCAAAUCCGACUCACAACUCCUGGUGGGACAUAUGGAUGGCAGUUUCCAGGUGAAAGAUCCUCUCCUCAUCCGCUAUUACCAUGUCGUAAAAGGAAUGUUGGCACAAUUUAAAACAGUACGGCUGGAACACAUUAAUCGAGCGCAGAACUCCAUAGCAGACUUACUCUCUAAGUUAGCCACGACUAAGAUAAAGGGACAGCAUCACACAGUAAUUCAUGCUACACUCAGUCAACCCACUGUCACCAUGAUAGAUAGCAAUGUCACAGAGGUAACAAAAACAGAGGACAAGGGGUGGAUGGUUCCCAUAGUUCAAUUCAUACAGCAUGGUGAGGACAGCGGGACUGACGACCCCGCAAUCAGGAAGAAGGCUUCGCGAUUCAUGCUCAUAGGCGGUGAAUUAUAUAAAAGAGGAUUUUCCAACCCCCUCUUAAAAUGUGUAGCCGAAAAUCAAACGCAAUACUUGAUGGAUGAAUUGCACACAGGCAUUUGUGGUUUUCAUUCCGGCUCGAGAACCAUGGCGUCCCGCAUCUUGAGAGCAGGGUACUAUUGGCCUACCCUCAAGACGGAUUGUGACAGAUAUGUUCAACGAUGCACUCGCUGCCAGCAGCAUGGCAAUCUCCUACACGCAAAGCCAGAAGAACUUCAUACCAUUAUGUCCCCGUGGCCUUUUGCUAUGUGGGGCAUGGACAUCUUAGGACCUUUCAGUCCUGGGAGGGGACAGGUCAAGUUUUUGCUUGUGGCAGUCGAUUAUUUUACCAAAUGGAUCGAAGCAGAACCCCUCGCUACGAUCACGGCUCAGCAGGUACAAAAGUUCGUUUGGCGUAAUCUAAUCUGCAGAUUUGGCGUUCCAAAAACCAUCAUAACAGACAAUGGGCGACAGUUCAUUGAUAAGGGGCUGGCUGACUUUUAUAAAGGACUCCACAUUCACCAUGUUACUAGUUCGGUAGAACAUCCGCAGACGAAUGGCCAAGCAGAGGCCGCAAACAAAGUCAUAUUGAAGGAAUUAAAGAAACGACUCGGGGAGGCAAAAGGUACCUGGGCCGACGAACUACUAGAAGUUUUGUGGGCCUAUCGCUGCACCCCUCAAUCCACGACUAAGGAAACACCCUAUAGCUUGACAUACGGUGUUGAUGCGAUGAUUCCUAUUGAAAUCGGCGACACUUCACUGAGACGACGGCUCUUUGAUGUUAACCUUAACAACGAGAGCAUGCUCAUCAACCUAGACUUGCUCCAGGAACUCAGGGAUCGUAGUUGCAUUCGGGAAGCAGCAUCCAAGGCUCGAGCUCAACGCCGUUACAACUCUAAAGUCAAGCAUCGAUCGUUUCAUCAAGGAGAUUUGGUUUGGCGGAUGGCUAGCAACGCACGAAAAAAGGAAGGUAAAUUCUCUCCCAACUGGGAGGGCCCGUUUCGCAUCCGUGAGGUCGUUGGCAAAGGAGCUUACCGCCUGGAAUAUCUAUCUGGGAGCACUAUACCAGCAACUUGGAAUUCGUCACAUCUAAAAUUUUAUUAUAGUUAA